AGCAACUGUGCCGUCCAAAGUGAUUUGGUAUUGAGUAUCGAGAGCCAUUGUCUGUCUAUCAUCAUGUCUUCAAGCAGCCCCCCAGGCAGGAGAACACCCCCAAUCGGUGAAGAGCUCCCACUAUCAAACCAACACUCAUCUCCGCCUCAGAAUCCACCAACCUACGGACGAGGCGGUAAGAGAGAGAGACGAAACCCUUCCAUAACGCCCAGGAAAUUCAAUCGAUUCUUUACUCCACGCUCCCUCAGAUCAUCCAAUGUGUCCUCUUUCCGGCAGGCACUACACGAAAUCAGCGGUCCAGCCAACAGUCGAAACGCACCACAAUCGAGUCCGAGUCAACCCUUCAAAAGCAUAUCUGGCCAAGAGAACACCCCGACCGCCUUCCCCAGGGACCUGAAGCGCAGAAAGCUAUAUCAGACCCCGGAAUCCUCCCCCGAACAUAAAUACUUAGAGGACAAGCAGCAGGAGGUUGGUUUCAUGGUCAUGCAAGAUGGAGAAUCGAGAGGAGAUCCACAGAAUAUCCCUUCAUCACCAUGUGAGCGGAUACCACGAAGCUCAAAAAACAUUCAGGAGGAAGAGUCUCCAGAGCCUUUGAAGCGGAUAGUUCAGAUGGAGGACCGUGGGAUCAGCGCUCGGUUGUUGCAAUUGAGUAUUGGUGCUCCAACCAGGGCACGUCAACAUCUGUAUUAUCCUGUCAAUGAUUGGCAAAAUGAGACUGCAUCAUUCUGUAGUAGACCGGAAGAUGUUCACUUGACCACCGGCAUUGAAGGUCCUCAUCGUGUAAUCCCAUUUUGUGCUACCAGCUGUAAUACCAAUUCUCUUGUUGCAAUAGGCGAUGAGGAGGGCCGGAUACGCCUUCUGGAGUCUGAUAAAGAUUCGAAACCAUCCUUCUCAGAUGUUUACCUUGCCUUCCGGGUUCACACUAAUGCCAUUAUCGAUAUGGUCUUUUCUGAGGACGAUAGUCUUCUCGCAACAGCAUCAGGCGACCAAACGGCAAGGGUAGUUGAUAUGGCUACUCAGACGACUUUUUCUGUACUUGCACAUCACUCAGCCUCCUUGAAACAAGUGCGUUUCAUGCCUGGAAGCAACAGUAUUCUUGCUACCUCUAGUAGAGAUGGCGGCGUUAAGAUAUGGGAUCUCAGAUGCAAGGGGGAUGAUGGUCCCAGACAUCACUUCUAUGCACAUGUUCCAAAUGGUCCUAUCACUACGCAUGCGGCAGCCAGACAGCCGUCAUGGGGACGUCCCAUCAACAGUAUAGUUGACGCUCACCGGUAUUCGUCUUACAGUCGUCUGGGCCGAACCGAUCCUAGCAAUGAUUUACCUUCUCGCGGUGAAGCUCCGGGAAGGACAGGCGACAUGUCAGUCACCGCAAUCCAAUUUCUACCGCAAGGCCAAGAACAUCUUCUACUCACAGCUUCGGAAGGAGAUGCUUCCGUCAAGCUAUGGGAUAUCCGCUCUAUACACAAUAAACGUAAGGAACAUAUCGCCCUCUCGCAGACCAAGCAACCUCAAAGCCACAGCCAAUGGCGACAUUUUGGAAUCAGCUCUAUAAACCUCAACGGCACCGGAACGCGAUUAUAUACCCUCUGCAAAGACAACACCGUCUACGCAUACUCCACAGCCCAUCUGAUCCUCGGAAGCGCUCCUGAGCUAUCUCUUGACAACCCCGGCCGUCGCCUUGCACCCCGAGAAACAAAAGAGGGAUUAGGCCCCAUGUACGGCUUCCGCCAUCCGCAAUUCCACGCCACAUCCUUCUACGUGAAAUCCGCGAUGCGCAGAGCUAAAGAUGGCCAGAGUGAGCUACUAGCCGUCGGCAGCAGUGACGGAUGCGCCGUCCUAUUCCCCACCGACGAGCGCUACCAUCUCCCGCUGCGCCAACCGCGCUCCCGAGCCGACAACGACGAAGCAGCAGCAGCCGCCCCUCCUCGACCCCCCAUAAGAAGCGUACCGAGGAGAGCCAUCAGUGCACGAGGAACAGCAAUCGAGAACGACAUCCCCAUGUCGACGAACGGCACCCCGCUCAUCCGGGGCCAUGACCGAGAGGUCGGUAACCUGUGCUGGACGCACGGCGGCGGCCUGAUCACCGUCGGCGACGAUUAUCUGGUCAGAUGCUGGCGCGAAGACGCGGAUGAGGCCCGCGAUCUACGCGUGGCUGGUGAGUCUGGCGGGAGGAGAUGGGCUUGUGGAUGGGCGGAUGUAGAGCCUGGGUUCGAUGAGGAUGAUGAUUGAUUAGAAUUAUUAAUAGAUUUUUGAGUGUGAGAGCGAGUAGUUAUUAUGUUGCAUUUGGCAUUUGUUUCUUUAUACCUAUAUAGCGUUGGAGUAGUGAUAGAUAGAUGGAUGGUCUUAUGACGAUGAUUAUGAUGAUG